AUGGAGUCUUCUCAUUUCAAGCGUGUGCACUAUGAUUUGCCGCAGGAGCAGCUAGAGUAUUUUGACUCGCGGGUGAGAACCCCUCCCGCUUCUGUGCCCUCUACGCCAGUGCAUAUUUUGUACGACAAGGCGACGCUCAGGUGUAAUCAUGAAAUGCUCCGUCGUUCUCAGGAACGGCCGGAAAAGGUAAAAGAUGAGCUCCGCACAACCAUACAGGUGGGUAGUCUUGCUGAGAAGUAUCACCAGUAUUUUGCUCAGCAUCAACGAGUGGAUAUCGAGAGUCGCUGGCUGAAAACAGACGGCGCUGUCUUCAGUUUUCACCCGGUAGAAGAAUCGCAGCCGCACGAAACCCCGGCACCAAGGACAACUGCGCAAAAGCCGUCGCUGCAGUCGCGGUCGCACGGCGGUAUUCCGCAAGAGCAACCCGCGUGCAUUAUAGAUCGCGCCCACCGACACAUGAUGCGGUCCACUGAAAAUCAUCCUUGGCCAUCGAGAAACGAUUAUGAGCAGUCGCGCGGUGACCGUCACUCUCCGGUCUCGAAAUUGUCCGCCUCUUGCGACACUCCCGUAUUGCGUGGCUUGCCCAGAGAAAUGGGUACCAGUGCUCGAUCACGGGACGAAGGGGCAGCGGUGCUACAGCAAGCGCAGGAGCGGCCAGCAGAGGCUUGCUCGUAUAUGCCGCAGGAGAUGGAUACACUCCAUCCUGUUCUAAAGGCACGGGAUCAUCAGGAGUUCAAUUAUUCAGCACGGCGCCCGGCGUCGAAAGGUAAUCUGGAUGAUUAUGAGCGCAUGCGCGAUGACGAAGAAAACUGCACGUUUCACCCGAAGGUGAACAACACGUCGUGGCGGCGAAAAAUGCGUAUGCAAAGGUCUACCCAGCGCGAAAGCGAGAGAGCGAAUUCACUGCGUGCAAGUCGCGGUGACCACGAGCAAGAUGUAUACGAUAAGAUGCACGGUGACGCUGACGCCGCGAAGAGACGCAGUGCCAGCCGCCGCGCGCAAAAAGAAAUCGACGACGCUGAAAUCGAGAGAAAUGCAUCUCAUGGCUCGCGCUCUACUUUCGUGAAUCCGCACCGCUCUGCGGCGGACUCUGAGGCUGAUCCCAAAGAGGUUUUCCUGCGGUUGUACGCGGAUGCACAGCGCUACAACAAGGAAAAGGCUGAACAGGAGCGGCUGAUUGAGCUCAAGCGCCAACAAGAGUGUGGGGAGGCGCCGUAUGACCCGGAAAAUAGUAGCAAAGCCAGAGACGGCUCACAGAGCUACAGCAACGAGAUCGGAGUCAGUGAGGAUGAAAAAUCUCUCACCGCAAAGCCGCGCGGUUCUAGUUCUCGCCUGAAGGGCUCUGCGGCUCGCGACCUUUUCGAACGACUUUCUCGACCUCAUACCGUCACAAUCAAGUUCGAAAAACAAAAGGAGCAGGCUGAGCAGGAAAAGCGUGAGAAAGAGCAGAGGGAUGCCAAAGCAAAGAGAAGUGAAACGGAGAAAAUUACUUCCUACAGCUGGAGAAUUCCAAGCAAAAGUUUCACCUUCUCUGACUUGGAGUCUCAGAAUGCUCUCUACGUAUCAUAA